AAAAAAAUACCUGUUUUUAUAUAUCAAUUAAUAAUUAGCCACUAUUAAUGAUUUAAUAUUAAAAUAUGGUUUUAUCAAAAUAUUAUUUGUGUGAUGUUUAUCAUUCAAGAAUUAAUCCAGUUAAACAUACAUUUUCAUAUUCAGUAUUUUAUUUUAUAAUAGAUUUAGAUGAAUUAGAAAAUGGAACUUUAGAUAAUUAUUUAUUUGGGUAUAACAAGAAAAGAGUUAUUACAGUCAAUAAUACCGAUUAUAUGGGAAAAGAAAAUAGACCAAUCAAAGAGAAACUUAUCGAAAGAUUUAAAAUUCAUCAGAUGAACCAACCCAGCGAUAAAGACAAAGUUGAUAUUGAUGCAAUUAAAGCUGUAAAACUAAUUACCAACCCUCGUUAUUUCAACUAUUCAUUUAACCCAGUAAACUUUUACUAUUGCUAUGACGAAAAUAUGAACCUUCUUCAAGUUGUAGCCGAAAUUAAUAAUACAUUUGGUGAAACCCAUUUAUAUUUUCCAACACCAACUGAAUUCAGAGAUGAAAAUUUAAAGUAUCCAUUUAAAAACUCAAUUGGUGAACAGCCAUUCCUUAAAAGAUUUUCAAUUGCUAAAGAUUUUCAUGUUAGUCCUUUCAACUCUUUAGAUGGUGCCUAUGACUUUUACUUUUGCGAUUUAGAAAAAUGUUUUGAUAUUAGAAUCAAUUUAAUGUCCUCGUUAAAUAGCCCAAGUUUAAACAUCACCAAGCCAUGUGAACCAAAUAAAGAAAACAAAUCAAUUUAUGACUAUAUUUUAAUGACAAGAUUGUGGUCUACCCAACAACCAUUCGAGCUUUCAAGUAUUAAUAUUCUAAAGCUUUUAUUGCGUUAUCCAAUUGCUGCCUUUAAAACUGUACCAAGAAUUUUAUACGAGGCUGGUAGAUUACAUUGGGGUAAAAGUUUGAAAAUCUAUGCCAAGCCAAAUCCCCCAUUAGAGAAUACAACAAUUCUUAUCAAACCAUCUGCAAACGAGCUAGCUGCUUACAAUUUUUUCUUAGACUAUGUAAAACAAUUCAAAAAUAUUAAUAUUGAAUUGUAUUUACCAGACUCCACCGAAUUCAUACAAAUUAAUACAUGUGAUAGUGAUACUGGAGAGCCAAUUAAAAUCUCAAUUAAAAACUAUGAAUUCUUUUGGAAAUUAUUUUUAUUUAAUAAAAUAACUUCAUCAUCACAACCAUCAACUCCAUUAAAAGCAUUCAGCUCGAAAGCAAUCGGUUUAGCAUAUAUUAUUUGGAAUGAUAUUUCAGAAUUUAUAAAUAUCGAGAAUAUCUAUUCAUUCUUUUUAUUUAAUCAUAAAAAUCAAAUUAAAAAUCAAUAUACUUUUAAUUCAAAUAAUAACUUUAAAGAAAUUAUAGAAAAACUAAAUAUUAAUAAUAAUACUGGUGAAAUUAGAAUUUUAGAAAUCGGUUGUAAUUUAUCUUAUUAUUUAAUAAAUGAGAAUUAUUUAGACAAUAAUAGCAAUAUAAAGUUAACAAUUUUAAUAGAAUCCAAAGAACUAUAUCAAUAUCAUCUAUCCAAUUUAAAUAAUAAAUAUUCAAAUGUACAAUUUAUCAACAUGGAGCUAUCAAACUUUAUCGAGAAUUUCAAAGGGGAAAAUAAAUUUGAUACAAUUAUUUCAAUGGAUUCAAAUUGCAAUAACUUGAACGAUUUUAAUCAAUAUUUAAAUUAUUAUAAAUCAAUAUCAAAAAUCAACUCAAUUAUUUUUAUACAAAAUAUUAACAAACAAGGUGAUAAUUCUGACAAACCAGCAAGAAAAUCAUCAUUUAAAAACAAUUAUUGUAAACUCAUCGACCACAUAGGUAGAAAAUAUUGGGCCCUUAUGGCAAAAUUCCAACAUAAUCCAUUUUAUUUAGAAGAGAGAUAUAUCGAUUUAAUGAAUAUCUUAAAGAAAUCAUCAAUUAAUUGCCACAUAAAUGAUGACUCUGACCUCAAUGAUAAUAUUGCAAGUAAUGAAUCAUUUAAAAACUAUUUGAGUAAUCAACAAGAUUCAAAUGAAUUUAAAUUAAAAUCAUUUGAAACUAUUGAUAAUUCAGAUAUUAUUAAAAUCAUUGAAGGUUGGAUCCAAGAUGCUAAUCAAAACCAAUCGAUGUUUUUAAUUAAGCUUCAAGAAAUGGCGAUGAGACAUGGUUGUCUUUUAAAAAUGAAUCAGGUAGAAAUCGAUGAAAUAUAUAGGGCUGUAACAUUCCACUUAAAUUUAAUAUUAUCAACUUUUAAAAAUAAUAAUUUAAUAAUUUCAAAUUUUAUAAUCGAAAAUAAAUAAAAAUAAAUAACUAUAAUAUAAAUAUAAAAAUAUAAAAAUAAUAAAUAAAUAAAUAAAUAAAAUAAAUAAAAAAUUAAAAAGUAGUAUUACC